AUGCUUCUCCCCUCUGCGAUCCCCUGCGACCGCGGCAACCAGGGCAUGGUCUCGCCGCCCGCCAGCCCGCCCAAGCUGUCCUCGCCCGCUACCUUUCACAUCAUCUCGAGCUGCUUCCCUCUGCAAAGCCUCGUCGCCGGCGCAACCGAAUCGCAACAACAGCAGCAACAACAACAACAGCCACCACACAACCAUGAGGAGCAGCUCGAACAGCAGUCCUAUUUUGGCGGCGCUUUAUUACCGCAGCCGCUGCCCACGCCGCCCAUGGCACACACCCCGUCACCUAUGAAGCUGCGUUUGCGCACGCGCAACAACGUUCACGACGAGGCCAGGCCUGCGGGCAUAGUCAAGCGCAUCACACCACCUCGUCAUAAACGUACCCUCUCCGCCACCAGCAAUACCACCGGCAGCUCCUCCGACAGGGAAACCACGCCGGAGCCGCCCACCACGCCUAAGCGCUCUCGUAUCGCACCUGAGCGCAUUCCGCGCGGCCUGGCUCGCGCCGACUUUCACAGCCUGUACGACGAAUCUCAACCAGUACAACAACAACAACACAACAACGGCGGCGGUGACGGCGACUGGACGAUGGAAGAUGAUCGCUUGCUCGUCGAGCUUGUCCUCGAGAAGCUCAAGCUGUCCAAGGCAGACUGGCAGGACUGCGCGCGGACCCUGGGCAGGGACCGCCAUGCGCUCACGCGUCGCUGGAAGAGCCUUGUCCUUGGCGAUGACGUUGGCCUCAAGCGUCGCAAGAUUCCCGCUACGUGGAGGUGA